AUGGCGGUUGUUGUUCCAGAAAUCUGCUUAGAUGUCUUGGUUGCUCCGGAGAGUAAAAGCCCUCAGUUAGAUUGCUUCUGUUUGGCAGACUCAAAUUUGUGUGAACGUGAGCAAGAAGACGGAUUGAGUGUCCUAGUUGGAGCGAAUUAUUAUUGGAAGGUGGUUACUGGAAGAUAUAAGCGAAUAACAAGCCUUUUGACAGCAGUAGACACAAUCUUCGGGUGGACGCUUCAGGGUCCGUGUGACACAGGUGAUAUUAUGUCUAAUGAAAGUGUGUCCACUCUUCUCAGCUCGAUAUCUUUUGAAGAAAUGUGGAGACUAGAGACCAUAGGCAUACGAGGCGACGAGAUAGAGAUGAAUGAAUUCACUAAAGAACUCCAAACAAAAUGCAUCAGAAAGACGGAGACAAGAUACGAAGCGCUCCUACCUUGGAAAACUUUUAAUGGACAGCUCGGAAACAAUAAAGAAAUGGCUCUGGCUCUGCACUCCCUUUUAAGAAGACUUCAAAGAGAACCAGCUAAACUUCGCGAAAACGAUAUAGCAAUGCGGCAAUUUCUUGCAGCAGGAUAUGCAGAGAGAGUAGUGUCGAGUGACGAGAAUACUAAGAACCUGUAUUAUAUGCCACACAGCGCAGUGUACCGCCCGGAAAAGACAUCUACCAAGAUCUGA